AUGGGUGUGAAAGGUCUUCAGUCCUUCAUGGACUACUGCUGUCCGGAAGUCUGUGUGACUGUGAACCUGAGAGACAUGGCCACGCAACAUGUUGCCAGAAGCACAACCACAGCAAACUGCACAGGUCCCACACUUGUUGUAGAUGGUAUGGCCUGUCUGCGUCACUGGUACUCAUGUAAGGACUGGGUGUGUGGGGGGCAGUGGAAGGAGUACAUGGGCGUCCUGAAGAACUGGGUGGAGGAAUUUACCUCCGCAGGCAUCAGACUGGUCUUCUUCUUUGAUGGAGUGGUGGAAGAGCAGAAGAGACAAGAGUGGGUGAAGAGGAGACGCAGAGUGAACAGGGAAAUUUCAAAAAUAUUUUGUCACGUGAAGGCACAUGGAGAGCAGCCUGGUAGAGAGCUCUUUUGUCUACCUUCUGGUCUGGCAACAUUCACACCCUUUGCUCUCAGAUCAUUGGGUCAGGAAGUGUUUUGCUCAGUGAGAGAGGCUGACUAUGAGAUUGCCAGCUAUGCUCGUCAGCAUGGCAGCAUGGGCAUUCUGGGACAAGACUCAGACUUCAUCAUAUAUGACAGUGUUCCCUACUUGUCAGUGGCAAAGCUACAGAUAAACAGCCUCACCACUGUCCUGUAUGACCAACAGAGGUUCUGCCGAGCCACUGGAUUGGCUGUUUCCCAGCUACCAUUGCUGGCGUGUCUCCUAGGUAACGAUGUGGUGUCAGAGGAGCAGAUGCAACACAUCAGGAAUAAUGCCAUGGCAAGAUACAGGAAAAACAAUCCAGCACCACACUCUGGUCCUCCUCGGGGACAGAUGGUCUCAGCUGUAUCCCAGCUUGUGAGCUCUUUGUGGGGCAGACAAGCAGAAGAUACUGAGCAUAUCCUUCAGUCUCUGAAUCUAUCAGCGCCUCACAGAGAGCUACUCAAAAGGGGGAUCUGCUCCUACUCACUACCUGGACAGGAAGCUCCUCAGCAAGGUGACAUCUCUGCACAUCUCCCCGACUCUGCCUUUGAGAAAUAUGUCAGUCCAGAAAUAUUAAAGGCAUGCAGAGAGAAGCAUGUCGCAGCAGAGGGUUUCAUGGUUUACAGUGUUGUGUGUGAGGGAGUCAUUGAAUGUAGCAACACUUUGGAGGAUGAAGAGGAUGCUGAACUGCUGCCUCAGGCCCUUGUCUACAAACUCUGCAGACAGCACAUCUAUGGACUGCUGCUCGGGCGUGAUGGCAGCACUGUUGACACUCCAGCGAUUAGGGAAUGGUUUGUGUACCCUGGAAACCCUCUGAAGGAACCUGACAUGGUCCAGCCUCUCCCCCUCAGCCUACCAUGUGAUCGUCCCAGUCUGAACUUGUUGUGGUUCGGCACUGGUCCUAAUGUUUCUGCCCUUCGUCUGACAUCCUUCCUUACAAUUUUUGACUGUCAGGAGUUCUCUGAGUUAUGUGGAGCUAUUGAAGCCUCUCUCCUGGUUGCCCUCUGCCUGGUCACUUACAUAGUCCUGCAGGUGCAGACUUUGUCUCAAGAGGACGUGGAUGCUUACCUGAGUCAGAGUGUCUGCCUGAGCAUAAAAUCCCCUCAGCAGCUUCAGCAGAUUAAGCUGCCUUUCCUCUGCAGUCGUGCGGUGCAGCUGGGAUCUCUCUAUGUCCGAGGACUGGGCCACCUGCUGGGUGCUAACUGCGCCAGUGGCUGCCCGCUGCCCAAUGCUGCCUUCAUGCCUUGGCACAGCUUCGACGGACGACUGUUUCAAUCAAAGUACCUGCUGGCACAUAGUGGGACAGAGAAAACUGUGCUGUUGGACAACGAUCCGUCCUGCCUGUCCCUGUUUCUCCUCCUGAGAGAGAGACUCAUAGAAACCUGCAGGAAGAGAGGCAGAGUCCUGCAGUGCAGACCCAGACCCAACGCACAAGAGCAAAGUCAUAAAACCACACCAGGACCCGGGUACAGAGACAGACACACAGUGGAAGCCACCAGGACAUGGGCCAUCCUCCACAACAGUCCAGAGGUCGAUCGUAUCGCAGCAGAGGGAGAUACCGACUGGCUCCCAGAUGGUCUCAGCCUCCUGCACCAGGAACAUAACUCGACCCUGAACAGAGGGGAGGAGGAUUAGAGGGGAGGACUUGAGGAGUUAAGAGGAUGGGAAAGUCGUGAUGAAAGGAGAGAAGGAAUCAAAUUUCUCUGAACAAACUGAUUAGCGAAUUGCCCGUCAGGAAUGUUUGUCUAAAGGAUUCAGUAGGUAGAAAAAAAUGGGGAUCAAGAGGAGUCAGACUGAAGAGAUUGGGAAUACUUUUUGCCAAUUUGAAGUGAAAAAAAAAAAAAAAGAUCAUGUUGAUGUAUUUUGUAAGUCAAUCAUGACUUAUCUCAGGGAAAUGCACCUGUCUUGCAUUGACAGAAAAUGAACAGCACAAAGGAGAAGUCAGCAAACAAACACAGAAAUGAGCCACUUCAAACAUGCACUGAGUGGAUUAAUGGUUAAUCCUCAGUCUUGUUUUUACCUCUUAUCUUUGACAAUAAAAGGGCAAAGAUCUUAAAAGCUGUGUGUAUCCAGUGCCAUAAUCCUGUGAAUGGUUUUAAGUAGAGAAGCAGUAAUGCUGGUAUCGAAUAUCCGCUGAAGUAGGA